CGGGAGGACGCAGAGGAUGGGCCGAGACCAGGCCCUCGUGCCCGCGGCAGGCUCGAGGCCCAUGGAGCCCCAGCUGGGAGCAAGGCGCGCUCAGUCCCCGCCCCUCGGCCCGGGCCUUCCUCCCCGAACCCCCAGACCGCCCCGUGCGCCCGGCUCCUUUCCCGCCGCUCUGCAUCCUCUGAGACCGCCCCCCUCUGCGUCCCCCAGGUUUCCCUCGUCCUCGCUCAGUCGCGCUCCUUGUUCAUCCCACAGGUUCUUUCUGAAAGCGAGCCGGAGUCUGGGCUUGGGCGCCUGGAGGGAGCAAGGGGGGAGCACAGCUAGGGAACCCGAGAGUGAGUCCGGCGUAAAGGAGGCGGUGGCUGGAGGACCGGCAUUCUUAGGCAGAGCUGGGGAUCUGACCAGCACAAACAUGCCGGUGCUGUCCGAGGACUCCGGGCUGCAUGAAACCCUGGCGCUGCUGACCUCUCAGCUCAGACCUGACUCCAACCACAAGGACGAGAUGGGCUUCUUGAGGGAUGUUUUCAGUGAAAAAAGCCUCAGUUACUUAAUGAAGAUUCAUGAGAAGCUUCGCUAUUAUGAGAGGCAAAGUCCAACCCCUGUUCUGCACAGCGCUGUGGCCCUUGCUGAAGACGUGAUGGAGGAGCUGCAGGCCGCCUCUGUACACAGCGACGAGAGGGAGCUUCUCCAGCUACUGUCCACCCCCCACCUCAGGGCCAUGCUCAUGGUACAUGACACAGUUGCCCAGAAGAACUUCGACCCUGUGCUCCCCCCUCUGCCUGAUAAUAUCGACGAGGAUUUUGAUGAAGAAUCAGUGAAGAUUGUCCGCCUGGUGAAGAACAAGGAACCCCUGGGUGCCACCAUCCGGCGGGAUGAACACUCAGGGGCUGUCGUGGUGGCCAGGAUCAUGCGAGGGGGUGCGGCAGACCGGAGUGGCCUGGUCCAUGUUGGAGACGAGCUUCGAGAGGUGAAUGGGAUCGCCGUCCUGCACAAGCGGCCCGACGAGAUCAGCCAGAUUCUGGCGCAGUCCCAGGGAUCCAUCACCCUGAAAAUCAUCCCAGCCACCCAGGAGGAGGACCGUUUAAAGGAGAGCAAGGUGUUCAUGCGGGCCCUCUUCCACUACAACCCUCGGGAGGACCGGGCCAUCCCCUGCCAGGAGGCGGGCCUGCCCUUCCAGCGCAGGCAGAUCCUGGAGGUGGUGAGCCAGGAUGACCCCACGUGGUGGCAGGCCAAGCGAGUGGGGGACACCAACCUUCGAGCUGGCCUUAUUCCCUCCAAGCAGUUCCAAGAAAGGCGCCUAAGCUACCGGAGAGCCACAGGCACCCUGCCAAGCCCCCAGAGCCUCAGGAAGCCCCGCUAUGAUCAGCCUUGUGACAAAGAGACUUGUGACUGUGAGGGGUACUUCAAAGGGCAUCACGUGGCUGGUCUUCGGAGGAGCUUCCGGCUAGGCCGAAGAGACAGAACGGGAAGCCUGCAGGAAGGAAAGAUGUCCACAGUAGCCGAGUCUCUGGAGCUGCUGACCUAUGAGGAGGUGACCAGGUACCAGCACCAGCCAGGCGAGCGGCCCCGCCUGGUGGUUCUGAUUGGGUCUCUGGGAGCCCGACUUCACGAGCUGAAGCAGAAGGUGGUGGCAGAGAACCCACAGCACUUUGGUGUUGCUGUUCCACAUACCACCAGGCCCCGAAAGAGCCAUGAGAAGGAGGGGGUGGAAUAUCACUUCGUGUCUAAGCAAGUGUUUGAGGCCGACUUACAUCACAACAAGUUCCUGGAGCAUGGUGAAUACAAGGAAAAUCUCUAUGGGACUAGCCUGGAUGCCAUUCAGGCUGUGAUGGCCAAAAACAAAGUUUGUUUGGUGGAUGUGGAGCCGGACGCCCUGAGACUACUGAGGACCUCAGAGUUCAAACCCUAUGUUAUAUUUGUAAAGCCUGCAAUUCAGGAAAAAAGGAAGACGCCACCCAUGUCCCCAGCUUGUGAGGACACAGCAGCUCCCCUUGAUGAGGAACAGCAAGAGAUGGCCGCUUCCGCCGCCUUCAUAGACCAGCAUUACGGCCACCUGGUGGACGCUGUGCUGCUGAAGGAGGAUCUCCAUAGUGCACACAGCCAGCUCAGAAUGCUCUUGGAGAAGCUGAACAAGGACACUCACUGGGUACCUAUUAAUUGGGUCAGGUAACUGUAUCUUAGAAUAUCCAGGUUGGAGGGGACCUAGAAGACCACUCAGUCCAGCCAUGUUACCAUCCAAGAAUUGCAAGUGUGGAGAGGGGCGGAAUUUUCCAUAAACUCCAUCAUCAAGAAGAGUAUAUGUGGGGAAUUCCUGUUUGUUGGUUUUUGUCUGUUGAUUUUCACUGAACCCCUUUGGAACAGAAAACAUGAGUUGAAAGGGGGCAUAUCACAAAAUAACAUGUGUCAUUCAUUAAAGUAUCACAGGCAAAUUGACCCUGA